AGCGAACGGCCGAAUGUGAAUCGGAUGUUGCGGUCUCUGCUUGGACUUGGCUGGAGCUUUGGACAAUUGACAUCGAGUAUCGACAGUGACAGUGAACGUGAACGUGAACGUGAACGUGGAAACCACAAUCAGGGGAUGGGCAUUGCAAUUCUUUAAGCUAUGUCUCUCGGUCCAAGAACCUUUGCUCGUUGGUUGACCGGCGGCUUCCAAUGCUCGAAAUGUCAGAGGCUCCAAUUCUUGCCCACCAGGCAAUUGCGACGACUUCAUUCCCAGGGCCGCAAUAGCUCCUCGCAUAAUGCCGGUGAUGACCCCAAUUUCUCGUCGGUAAUUGACCAGCCGGCCGUGCUGGUUCGCAGCGGUCAGCGACAUGGUCCUGGGCUCAUCCUGCUUGCUCUCAUCCCUCUCACCGCGUUCGCCCUCGGUACAUGGCAAGUUCAGCGGCUAUCAUGGAAGGUCGAUCUCAUCGCAAAAUACGAAGACCGUCUGCUUCGUCCUCCUCUCCCAUUGCCGCCCAAGAUUGACCCUUCUGCCGUGGGCGACUUCGACCAUCGGAGGGUAACGGCAACCGGUCGAUUCCGCCAUGACCAGGAGAUGCUGGUGGGCCCGCGGAUCAACGAAGAAGAAAACGGAUACUUCGUAAUCACACCCUUGGAGCGUGAAGGGGAAGGGAGUACCAUCCUCGUCAAUCGAGGCUGGAUACCGAAGAGAUUGAAAGAUCAACGAGCUAGGGAGGCCGCCGCGAGGGCAAGCACCAAAAGUGCGGAGGAGCCACUCCCGCGUGGCGUGGUUACGGUCGAGGGAUUGUUACGGGAACCGUGGAAGAAGAAUAUGUUCACCCCGGAUAAUCAGCCGGAGAAGGGUGAGUGGUACUUUCCGGAUGUCCAUGAGAUGGCCAAAUGGGCUGGCAGCCAGCCAGUUUGGAUUGAAGAAACAAUGGAAGCAAGUUUCUUAAAUUCAUACGCGAGAGAAGAAAGAGGUAUUCCUAUCGGCCGAGCCUCGGAGGUGAAGCUCAGCAACAACCACCUUCAAUACGUGGUUACAUGGUAUGGCCUUAGUCUAGCUACCUCUGUCAUGUUGUGGAUGGUGGUUAAAAAACCUCUUGCUGGGUCCGCUGGUCGAGUUCGACACAGCAGACAGUGGUAAUCCAAGAGAAAGGUUGUGACCCAACACGCUCUCCAGUUUAUUCCAAGGUGGUGUAACGACGGUCAAAACGAACAGGGACUACUCCGGCUCCUCUGUGAUUGUCGCCAUGCGGUUCUUCUUCCUUUUUCGAGCCUUGAUC